AUGUACUCCGAAGAUGAGGAUGAUGCCCUUUACGAUGCUGUUUUGCAUAGCAAGAAGGAAGAAAUAAAUUUCUUCCUCUCCAAGAAACUUGAAGAAUCUUGCGAAGAAUCUCUCCUCCAUGUUGCAGUUCGAAAAAGGAAUCUCCACAUCCUGGAAAUUCUUGCUCAACGUGGUGCCGACAUCAACGAAAAAUACAAUGACCAAACCCUAAUAGAAAUCGCAAUCGCGAAUGAUUUUCCAGAGAUCGUAGAAUCUCUUAUAAAAAAUGGCGCGAACUUAAACAUCCCAACAAAGAUUUCCAUUGACAAGUAUAAUAAUAAUUAUACCCUGGUUCAUAAAGCCGUCGAAGUUGGCAAUACCGAAAUCCUACAAUUUCUCUUAAAAAGUGGUGUCGAUAUAAACCCAAAAACCCAACCGGGCAUUUAUCCACAAAUCUGCUACAAAAAAAUCGACGAAAACUACAAAGUUCACACAGCCUGUUAUUAUUUUAUGCGACUUAAGGAUUUUCACGUUUUUCGUCGAACUUUAACUCCACUAGAAGUUGCGAUUGUUCAUUACCCGGAAAAAGCUAUCGAAAUACUUGAUUUGUUGCUGAAAAAUGGCGCUGCUGUUGAAAUCGAAAGUGAAGAAGUUUUUCCUAUUCAUCUUGUAAUUAUCGAGUCAAAUCGUUUAUUACCAAUUGCUAAACUACUGGAAUAUGGAGCUAAUAUCAAUUCAGUAUGCGAGAGUCUAAAAUGCACACCGCUGUCUCAUGCGAUGAUUCACGGAAACAGCAAUAUAGUUUCUUUUUUGUUAGAUAUAAAUGCGCAAGAUUUAGAGGGAGAUACGCCAUUUCACUCGGCUAUUAAAGAAGAAAAUUAUGCCGCUGCCGAAAUUUUGAUACUAUGUGACACCAACAUUUUUGUUCGCAACGAUAAAGGAGAUUCACCUUUGAAGAUUUUAAAUGUUAAUUCACAAAUGUUGUUCUGUCGUUUUGAAAGUAUGUUUAGGUUUCAUGAAAAUAAAAAAGGACUUAAGUCAUCCAUGACCAGCUACUCUAGGAGUGAAAGAAUCGUGUUUUUAAUAAUUCAGUCAAUAAUUCUAAAAGAAGUCCGAGGAAAUUAUUUGAAAGAACAAGAUUUACAUGACACAAAAACCAAAUUUAAAAUUGUUUACGACUUUUUUAAGAAGGAGCUGGAAGAAAUGAAACUAAGAAAAGUUAAGAAAAUCUCUCCUAUUAUGAGAUUUUGA